UGUUGGAUAGUGUAUAAGGCAAUCGACUGAGUGCCUUGCUCUGAUAACCUGGCGAACUUGCGCGACGUAGUUGAACCGAUAAGGAGUCUUUUGAGAUUCCCUGCUGCGCUGCUCAGUCAAUGUUUGUCUGCUCUUCAAUUCACAGUUAAGAACCACCCGCUUGCUGCCUGCAUGUCGUUACGGGGCAAACAGCGUUAUCUGAAUUGAAGCCGAACUAUAUAAAAACCAGUAAUUGCUGUCCAAACAGGUUGCAUUUCGAGUGCACAGCUCUAAGAAGCAAGUUCAGAAUGUUGUAUGCUCUGGUUCCACUGCUACUGCUGCUCCACGAAGGAUUGGCCCUCGACAAUGGCCUGGCACUAACACCACCAAUGGGCUGGAUGUCCUGGCAACGUUUCCGGUGCAUAACCGAUUGCGACACUUAUCCGGAUGAGUGCAUAAGCGAGCAGUUAUUCUCUCGUCAUGCGGAUUUGCUGGUUUCGGAGGGUUAUGCUGCUGCUGGCUACGAGUACGUUAUUAUUGAUGAUUGCUGGCUGGAAAAGGAACGCGAUCAGAAGACAAAUAAAUUGGUUCCGGAUCGCAACCGUUUUCCUCGUGGGCUAAAUGUGCUCGCUGACCAUAUACACAACAAGGGUCUCAAGUUUGGCUUGUACCAGGACUAUGGCACAAAUACGUGUGCCGGCUAUCCGGGCGUGAUCAAUCACAUGGAACUCGACGCGCAAACCUUUGCCAAUUGGGAUGUGGACUAUGUGAAGCUGGACGGCUGCUAUGCGAAUGUCAGCGACAUGGCCUUGGGUUAUCCAGAAUUUGGACGACUGCUUAAUUCGACGGGCAGACCAAUGGUUUACUCCUGUAGCUGGCCUGCCUAUCAAUCGGAACUGAACGAGUUGCCCGACUUUGAAUCGUUGAAGAAGCACUGCAAUCUGUGGCGCAACUGGGAUGAUAUUGAUGAUUCCCUGGAAUCGGUAAUGCAGAUCAUGGAUUACUUUGGCAAAAAUCAGGAGAGCAUGCAGCAACAUGGUGGCCCCGGGCAUUGGAACGAUCCCGAUAUGCUCAUCCUGGGCAAUUACGGACUCAGCUACGAUCAAAGCAAACUACAAAUGGCCAUUUGGGCGGUGCUUGCAGCGCCACUAAUCAUGUCCAAUGAUUUGGCCUAUGUGCGACCAGAAAUCAAGGAGAUCCUACAAAAUCGGGAUGUCAUUGCUGUCAACCAGGAUCCGCUGGGCAUUCAAGGCAGACGUUUGCUCUUAAAGAACGACAUUGAGGUCUGGCGACGACCGAUCACGCCGCAGACCGAUGGUAAUGAAUACUCCUACGCCGUGGCUUUUGUCAGUCGCCGGACGGACGGUGCUCCCUAUAGCAUCAAGUUUACACUCAAAGAAUUAUCGCUGAAAAAUAAGAAUGGCUACGCCGUAAAGGAUUUGUUCGAUUCGAAUACCAAUUUGGGUGUCUUUCAAUCGGAGAGUUAUUUUAGUACACGUGUCAUUCCCAACGGCGUCAAUUUCUACAAGUUUACAGCGCUGUGAAGCGAAUUUAUAGAUAAAUAAAUAAAUCGAAAAAUAUAUUCGUAUUGAA